AUGUACAUCCAAGAACAUAAAAAUGUUGCUGUCCGUCGUCAAUGCGCAGUGCACGUAGCAGCUGCGGCAGAACGCCUAGGGGCUGCCAGGCUCCUUCAUGCCAAUAAUCCAACCUCAACCAACAGUUAUGGCUCUGGUGUUAGUUUUGCUUAUGGACAUGCGACUACAAACACCUGUUCAGGCUCCGUUAUGGGUUUAUCCUCUUGGGCCUCUAUGGGUGCCCUGCCGACAGGGUCUGGUGGUUGCGCAAACAUGUCAUUGGCAGCAGCAGCAACUAAUACAACUGUAACUACAGCAAGUAGCUCGGGAUCUGGGACUGCAAAUAUGGCGGAGCGCAUUAUUGUGGCAAUGGCUCAGUUUCUAAUGGAUAGCAAUCAGGAAACUAGGUGA